CAUCAUCGGUGAGAAAUGGAGCCAAGUUGCCCUGACGACUAAAAUACAACAGGCGCAAGAUAUAUAUAUAUAUUAUGCCUAUAACUGCACUCCAAAAGCAGCUCCGACAGUCCCGUGCCUCACACUGAAAACAUGCCGGGGAGCGUGGUCAGUGUGAGCCUCCCAAAUAUUCACCAGUCUCCCCUCAGAGCAGGGGGCCCGCCGGCCCUUCGCGUCCGAGGGGAAAACCACGUAGCCGGUAAGGGGACGACUCAGGACAGCGUCUGGAACUGCGGGGAUGUCGGGCUUCGAGCGAGUACAGCCCCGGCACAUGUAGUUCACACACGAGCCACCUGGCCUCCAGGAAAUGCAAGCAAAUCCGUACGGGCUAACACGGCUUUGGGGCGCCUCUCUGCCGAGCUGUGGCCCAGAAAGCAGCACACUGUAGAUGAGAUCAUUGUGCUGAUCACGGAGAAACUCCGCUCCCGCCUCCGCAGUGUCCAGCAGCUGUUUCGGGCCAAUGACCCCAACGGGGAUGGGAGAGUUUCCAGAGAAGGACUAACCCGAAUUCUAUGGAGUCUGUGUGGAUACCUCACUCCCCAGCAAGUGACCUGUCUUUUAAACAGGCUUGGACUGGCAGGACACACCUCCAUUUCUUUUGAAGACUUCGCUGCUUGUUUCCCACUGAGGAAGAAACAGCAGAAUGAAUGGUUCAGUCCUACUACAGCAAAACCUCCUGGUUAUGUGCAGACGGAGAGGAAACCUGGUGACUCACAUGCUGAGAAAAUGACCAGCCAGGAUUCGGAAAGGAUUUGGGCUUUGAUUAAAGAGAGAGUCCAUAACAGAGAUUUCUCGGUCGAGAAGCACCUGCCAUCCUCUUGCCUGCAGCCUGGUGGGAUGAUCACAGCGGAGCAGCUGCAGGUCUUCCUCACCAGCAUGGGCCUCCUUGUUAGUGAAGAGGAGUUCUCCAGGCUCUGGGCAGGGAUUAAAAAGAAUGGUCCUGAACACAUCAGCACAGACUCACUCAUCAGACAACUCGGGAUAAACCCUCAAGUCAAACCAGUCAAAAGUGAACAACCAUGCAAGUCCAAAACAGUGUGGCAGAGAAGCACACCUGCUCUGACAGACUCCAGCUUUGAAGAAAUAGUUACCAAUCUGAGAGCAAAGUUGAAUGAAUCCUGCCUUUCUGUGCUCCACACAUUUGCACAGUGUGACAGGGAAAAGACAGGCCUGGUCACCCGAUCUGCAUUCCGACAAGCUUUGGCUCAGCUCAGUAUCCCUAUGGGAGCGAUCGAUCUGGAACAUCUCUUAGCGAGGUUUGCCCUGAGGUCCACAGACGGGAUGGUGAAUUACGAGAGGCUUGUGGAGAAGCUAGUGAGCAGGUCCCCCCUCAGCAUGUUCAACCACAACUUGGAAAGUCUGAAGGCAGGAGACUGCGGAGGCUCUCAGGAGGGGCUGACGGCAUCGCAGGCUGAGACGCGGCUCCUGGAGCUCUGUCACGGGCUCCUCCUGCGGCUGACGGCGGCUCUCAGAAAGGCUGAUCAGGUCGGAGAUGGAUAUGUCAGGCGUGAGCAUUUUAAGGAGAUCCUUGAAAAGCAUUUUCAGCUGCAAUUGACAGAGGACCAGUUGGGCAGUGUGGUCAGUGUUAUUGGGGACCCUGAGUCUAACCUCAUCCCCUAUAACAAAUUCUUACUUCUGUUUCAAGAAAGACCAAGUACCAGUGAGCUGAAGGAGGAGGUCGAGAGGCGCAGCACUCUGAUUCAUGUUCGCUUUGAUAGACUCCGCUAUAACGAGAGCUUCAGAGCCGAAUGGUGCAGAUUCAGCCACGCACAGAAAAUGAGGCCGCUGCAGGAGCUCCUUACUCUUGUCCAGCGCCUCCUACAAGACAAGUUUCGGCUGUUCUGCAAGGUGUUCAUCUCUGUGUGCAACAAUGACGAGUGCACAGCAGACAAGGAGAAACUGGACAGCAUACUUCAAAAGAUGAACAUCAUUCUCCUCCCCCUGGAGCUGGGGAAGCUCUGGUACAGCCUGCCCAUCAGCUACCCUGCAGAAGCCAUUUCUUUGAGGAAGUUUGUGCUGUAUUUCAGCAAGAUGAAAAAAAUCAAGGACAUGGGUCCCACAGAGGAGGAUCCUGUGACCCUCAUCCAGGGGAAGCUGAGGAGCCGGGUCGUUAAACAGUGGCGACAGAUCAAAGCCAUCCUGAGAGCCAGCGAUCCUGGGGGCUCUGGGAAAGUAACACUGAGAGUGAUCUACGCCCUGUUCUUAACUCUCAAAUUCAACAUUCGACCCGCAGAGAUAGAUCGCUUGUGUCAAGCCUUUGACCUGGACAGUGACGGACAUUUUCACUAUAUCCCCUUUCUCAGGUUCUACAUCAGCACAGAUAAAGACAAACAAAAUAGCAAAUCAACAGCCUAGCCCUCCACUGUAUGACAGCCAUCCCACAAUUCCAGUAAAACUUUUACCGUACUGAAGGAGUUAAUGAACAAUAUAUUUGCUAUAGAGCCAUUGCAUCUGUUUGCUGCAGACCAUUGUACAGAAUUAUAUAACAGUUAACAAUAUUGUAUUGUAUCAACAGUAGACCAUGUGGGCACAGAGGAGAGGAAAAGAAAAACCCCAGUAGCAGUAAAGAAACCUCUGGGGGCCCAGGCCUAACGAUGGCCCCAGGGAAAUGGUUAAUGAAACCGCAAACAUAAUGGAUCAUGGAUCAUAUUGUCUGCAAAGAUCAGGGUUGGGAUCCUGUUGCCCUGGAACUGCCCUCAAGGUUAUCCGUUGUCAUGGGUGUCUCCUGAGGGCCAGAAAGUUGACAAGGCUGUUAAUAGGCCACUGCAGCUGUCCCAGUUAAACCUGGUGGGACAUCGUCAGCAGAACUCUAUUACCUCCUCACACAGACCAGCAAUGUGCAAUACUGAAAUUAUUAUUAUAUAUAAAUUAUAUAUUAUUACACCCAUAACAUAUUAUUGCACACUCCUUUAUCUUACAAGAGAUUCUGGGUGUGUCUGGGCAUUCAUUCUCACUACUGUCAUACCAAUCUUAGCAGAAGGUCCUUCUUGUACACGAGCAUGAUAUUCUGGAAAAAUAAUUUAGAAAAUACUGAUAUUAAUGUGAUUUUUUAACUUCAUGGUCAUUAUUAUUUUCAUGGAUUCCAAAGAGAUCUUGGCUUAGAUAUUCUGAUCCUAAGAUAUUUGGGUACUGGGUUAAUCAAACAGAAAGCAACAAAAUGCCGAAAAGAAAGCCUCUUCUUUUUUUGCUAAAAAGAUUUAAGUGUGGAUUAGAAUCCACUGUACGUGGUUGUUCAUUUUCCAUCUGAUAGAAGAAUAAAAGUCAUUCAAUAUGCA